AUGGCACCCUGCGAUCUCGCGAUAAACCGAAUGAUGCAGUACACCGCCCUACUAGUCAUCUCCGCUGUUGCAGCAUCAGUCUCGGCGCUUGCCAACCCAGACAGUGUCCCGCCCACUCACGUCCACGGUGGCGGCCACAUCCUUGAUCACCCUUUGGCUAUUGACCUAGGCGCACCCAUCACCAUCGACACACCCGAUAUCACCUUACCCACGUUGAAGAUGCCAACGGUUGACAUUCCAGCACUUCCUACGUUUUACCCGCCGACGUUCGACCUACCGACAAAGAUCAUGGUGCAACGGACGUGCGUUGAAGUCCUGAGGGGCAGCGUCUGCGCAGUGAACGACUGCGUCGCCUCGGCGACAACGGAUGUGGAAACGGAUCAGCCACCGAAUAAGGAAUACAUCUUGUAUGCGUCGUUAGCUCCCUUGUAG